CUCUAUCUUGUGUGUAUACGUCUGAGUGUCCAAGCGGCAAAAGCGAAAGAAGUCGAAGUGCAAAUAAUUUUAACGGAGCGGAAAAAUAUAGAUACAUCAGAACCAUGUCGGACUAUAGAUCACAAUCGCGCAGUGGCGGGGGACGUGGCGGCCAGGAGUACUCAAACGACGACGAUCCGCCGAUGUCGCGUCUCUUCAUCAUUUGCAACAAGGCGCACACGGAGGAGGAUUUCCGUGAAGCCUUCUCGCCAUACGGCGAAAUCGAGGAUAUCUGGGUGGUGAAGGACAAGCACACCCAGGAGAACAAGGGAAUCGCCUACGUCAAGUUCUCCAAGACAUCCGAUGCGGCCAAGGCGCAGGAGGAGAUGAACGGCAAGACCAUCGGCAAGAUGGAUCGCACCCUUAAAGUCCUUGUGGCAGCCAAUCGGAAUCAGGGCUCAAAUAAGUCUGAGAACGAGCAGGAGAAGUACGUGAGGCUCUUCAUAGUCAUCCCCAAAACGGCCACCGAGGAGGAUAUUCGCGAGGAAUUCUCGCAGUGGGGCGAUGUGGAAUCUGUCACAAUUGUCAAGGAGAAGAACAAUGGCAAUCCCAAGGGCUUCGGAUAUGUCCGCUUCACCAAGUUCUACUAUGCAGCUGUGGCUUUCGAGAACUGUUCCGCCAAGUAUAAAGCUGUCUUUGCCGAACCAAAGGGUUCUACGCGCACGCAGCGAGACCAGUACGGCCGUCCCUCCGAGGACAAUCCCUUGUAUAGCAGCUCGGGACGUGGCAAUUCCAAUUUCAAUGGAGGCGGUAGCAGCAGCGGUGGCGGCGGCAGCAGCAGCUACAACAACGACUGGAAUGUGUCGCAGAACAACGACAUGGCGGCCUUCCUGCGCAUGCAGAAUGUGCCAGUGGCCCAGCCGUCCUGCCUGGAGGUUAACGUGAGCAACUGCGUCAACCAGGAUCAGCUCUGGCGUCUCUUCGACAUCAUUCCCGGCUUGGAUUACUGCCAAAUCAUGCGGGAACAUGGACCGCGCACCAAUGAGGCCUUAGUGGUGUAUGACAACCCAGAAGCUGCAAUUUAUGCCAAGGACAAACUCCAUGGACUGGAGUACCCAAUGGGCGAACGCAUCAUUGUCAAAGUCAAUGGAAUGAGCUCAGCUCGCAUGGACACAUCCUUCAUAGACAAGCGCACCAAAAAGGAUGCCAUCUGCAAUGUGCCUUUGCCCCCAACUCAGCCACUGGCAUCGCCGGACGACCAGGUGGCCCAACGACUGUUCAUUGUGCUCUCAGCGAACUUGCCGCAUUCGAUAUUGAAGAACAUUUUCUCUUGCUGGUCGGGACUGAUCGACGUCUACCUUCUGCCCAACAAGAACUGUGGCUACGUCAAGUAUGCGGAGGUCGAGAGUGCUCAAUUGGCCAUUCGCACCCUAAACGGAGCCGAAAUUUGCGGCACCAAAAUCAAGGUCAUGGAGGCUGAGGAGCGCAGUGGGUCCGACGGCGAUGAUGGCGGUCGCAAGCGUUUGAGGCGUAACUGAGUACCCACUGACAACCAAGAACUUACAGAGAACGCAAUGUACGAGUACGUAACUAACUUGAGCAUACAGUCCGAUAAAAACAGUUGAACUGACCACCAACCACCAAACAACGCAACAACCAACCAAUAACCAAACAAGAACCACCACCACAACAACACUCUCUUUACGGAAUGCCACAAGAACCCGAACCAGAACCACGGGGACUGGAGAACGCAGACCGGAAACGGAAACGGCGAACGAAGACCAUACCCGGGUGAACAAACCAAACAGGCCAACGAAAUCACCACACCCGUUGACUACUCUACCUAUUGACUAACUCAAGUGGGCCUCGUACAGAGCACUCGUAGAAAGACCCAUACGACCUUUAAACGGAGCCAACGAAACCGCAAUGCUUGCUAUAUACACUACAUAUACAUAAUAUCGUAUAUAUGUGUACUCAUACCGCUUAGGGGACUUUUGAAUCUACCCGUGAUACAGAAACGAACUCUGUGAAACUUGAACUCUUACAAACGUAUUCCGACGAGAUUCAGCCAAGCAAUACAUUCAAGCGCAAUGAAUUUCUCAAGAGUAUCAACUCUGUCUCGUAAAUCCACGCUUAGCCACAGCGUGAAAAAUUAUUCUUUUCAUAUAUUAGAUUUAAAAAA